AUGGCGCCCGGGGCCGAACAGAAGUUCACCGGAUCGAAACGGAGCUGCAUUCGGUGCAACCAGAGAAAAGUGGGAUGCGACAAGAAGAGUCCCUGUGGUCGAUGUCUCAAGGCCGGGCUGGAAUGCAUUCAUCCCGGGGAGAAACGGGCGCCUCGGAAAUUGCGACGGCCACCGGUUGCCGAGAUUCUGGCGCACCUCAAGGAUUUGGAGGCCGAGGUUGAGCGGCUGCGGUCGCAGACGAGGCCAAAGGAGCAGCCUGGUACUGAAGCCGAGUCCCGAAGCGUUGGGAAGGACACGACUGCAACUACGCGAGGCCGGCUGGUAGCGCAGGGAGAACGAACCCGAUACGUCGGGGACGAGGCCUCCAUCAUUCUUGGCGACAAGGUGUGCGAUGAAUCAUCUGAGGAGGAACCGAUUGAUCCUCGACUUUUGCACUCCCAGUACGACCCCAUCCCAGUCUCUUCGAUUGGGAUCCUGGGGUCGAAUCGCGCUGCCGGGGGGCAUAGCCCAGGCAGUACGACCAUAUCCUUACCAGUAUCCCAAUUACCGGCACUGUGGGAAGUCUAUCAGACCAAUGUGGCCCCUAUGAUUGCCCUCCUACAUCUUCGCUCAAUGGGAUCCGUCAUUCUCGAUGCUGCACAAGACAGCAAUGCUCUGCAGCCCGAGAAAGGAGCCUUGGUCUCCGCGUGCACCGCGCUCCUCGAUGAGCCCCAUGACACUUGCAUUGAGAGCUACCGACUUUCCGUGGAGCAUGCGCUGGCACGAGCCAACUUAGUCAGUACCCAGGAUAUGCGUGUCUUGCAGGCGGCUACCUUGUUUCUUCUCUGUCUCCGUCGAUGUAGUGACUCGAGACGAAUCUGGGCGGAAAGUGCAAUUGUAGUGCGUGUCGCCCAGCGCCAGGGGCUGCACCGUGAUGGCCAGCCGUUAGGCUUGAGUCCGUAUGAGGUUGAGAUGCGUCGCCGACUAUGGUGGCAUAUUUGCCUUCUCGACAUGCUCUGCUCAGAAGAUGAGGGCACAGAGACCCAGAUCCGACCGGAGAUGUUCGAUACGAAGAUCCCCUCCAAUAUAGACAUCGAAGUACUGACGCCGGGCGUGACCGCGAUGCCACUUCCCAGCCUGGGCUUCAGCGAUAUCACACUGUGCAUCAUUCAAUGUGAGAUGAUGACCCACAUGUAUUGGCCGAGCAUGUCCUACGACCCUAGCAUCGGUGCGAUGUCGUCGGAGCAAAGGCAGCAUCGGUUGACUGAACUAGAGGCCUACCUGGAAACCAAGUACCUUCAGCCACUGGACCUGGACAGCCCGAUACAAUGGAUCACCGCGGUCAUCGCCCGGCUGACGCUGUCCAAAGCAUGGUUGGUGACCCGCCUCACCACUGCCUCAGCGCCCACCAGCACAACCGACCAUAUUUUCCGGAUGGCCGUAGAGACGGUCAAGUUUGCAAACCUGCUCCACACCGAUGGGAGGAUCCUGCAGUGGGCGUGGCUCAGCAAAAGCUACAAGCACCGACACGUCGUGGCGUACCUGCUUCCCGAGCUGUGCAACCGUCCUAUUACACCCGAGACAGAUCAUGCGUGGGAAGCAGUGACUCAGAUGUAUAGUCAAUGGCUGCAUCAAGACGUGGAAACGAACGACAUGCUUCAGAAACCAUUGUCACGGCUGAUGGAGCGUACUGCCCUAGUGCGGCAGCAAAAGAAGAUGGAGCAAGCUUCGGCGUCUAUUUCGAGCCACGCACAAGGCAGCAUCCUACAGCCCAAGCCAGUACAGUGGAUACCAAAUUCAUUCAUGUCUGACGAACCCGAGACCGGCCUCAGUACCAGCGGAAUGGGCCUGACACCACCUUCGGAAUCUGCACUGGGCUUGGCACCGAAUCUCGCUGAAGUGUACGGUGGCUCAGUUUCCGCCAUCGAUUGGCUUACAGGGUCUCUGCUAUGAUGCCUAACGACUGCUGAAAAUCUUCUGCCAGGUGGCAAAAUGGGACUUCU